AUGGAGAACACGCAACAAAAGAUAACACGCUCUAAGACUGGAACCCGUAAAGAGGCAGAUCCAGCAUCGCAAACUGCAACGCAAAGCGCAACUUUAAACCUACCCAACGCAAUAGAUCAAGGCAGAUCAGCGACCAAAGGUCCGCCAUCCAAGGAAGUGCCAUCCAAAGAUAUACUCCCCCAUGGGGGAAGCGCGGCGGAGCUACCGUCAAGCGAUGCCCACGAUAGCGAUGGAGAAGAAUCUCUCGAUUUAAUAACUAAAGUUCCGCAGACCGUGAAAGAAGUUAUCGAUACGACCUCCGUGCCACCUGAGGCAAGCGUUGGGGAUCAGAGAUCACACGUAUGGGAGAAGAUUAAAGAAGCGCAAACGGCAGGCGACGCCAUCCUCACUAAAAUCCUGCUGGCAGCGUAUAAAGAUCUAGACGACUUAGCAGAUACGCUAACGCCGCCGAAGAUAACACGCUCAUCGUCCGCCCUGCCGGUUCUGUCAACGGUUGAAUCAAAGACCGAGAUUGCAACUUCAGCCACAGUCACAGAACUUGAAGACAACUUGGUAUACGCGGUGGGGACGGUUACCAGUCAUCAAGAUAUCGGCUUCACGCCGUACUUUGACGAGAACAUCAGGAAGUUAAAAGCACCGCUACCGUUGACGAUCUUCGACAGAGAAUGGCAAAAGAAGGCCAUUGCAGCGCACUUGACGAUCAAACCAUCGAAAUCGUCUGAAGACAAAGCGUACCGCGGUCUUGCCUACCACGAUGAGUGGACGCAAUCCCACUCGUCAUGGACAAACAAUCAUCGUUCUUUCUACAUUACCUUGCAAGACGUUUACAACAAGAAACUCUUCGCAGAAAAACUCAGAAUACACAAGGAGAAUUGCGACGAAAUAGCGGAUGUAUACGGUUUCAUGACGGCAUUCAGAUACGACAUGCAAACACGCAUGAACGCCUUUGCUCACCGAGUACCGUCGAAAGACGGAGCCGCGAUCCCAGACAUCUCCGUGAAACAGAUGGUGGUUGUAGAGCAAUGCUACAGCACAGUGCGAUCGUUCGGCGAAGCAAGCUGGAAAGACAAUAAUUACGCUCCAGGUUUCUCGCACGCUGGUUAUGACCCAGAUACAGGUUUAAGAAGGCCAGAUUUCCACAAAUCGGCCUCUUAUCAAUCAACCUUCAACAAAGAAAAACAACACCAGCCGAACCAUCAAGAAAGAAGACGAGAAAAGCGCUGGUUCAAUGAGAACGCACAACACAAUACAAGCAAUAAACCCUACGGGUUUGAAAACAAACAUCAUUACCAAAAUUUCAACAACAACCAUAACCAGUUCGACUACGUCAACUACAACCAACAUCCUUACAACACACAGCACCAGCAUCCUUACAACACACAUCCUUAUAACGCCCCUUACCAAAACAACCAAGGCGGCUCUAAUCCAAACCGAGGUUUUGUUGGCGGUAGCAAGCGGUUCAAAGGAGCUAACUCUGGUUUUGAGUCAGGGGGGAGAGGCGGAGGCAGUAAAGAUGAACAAGAUAACAAUAAACAAGUAAUUUGGCCUACGGGCGUAAAGUGUGAAAUGGAUGUGCCGAAAUGGCAGCUAGCACUGAAAAGUGCUGGCCUGCUACCAAGUUUAAACCAUGUGUUGGACGGGUUUAAGUUCGGGUUCGAUCAAGGAAUCCCAAAACACAGGUUGGGAACACUCCGUUGGUUCACGCCUGAUAACCACUCAUCAGCAGAAAACUCCAGAGAAAAGAUACAAUCAUCAAUCAAGGAGGAAGUAUCAAACGGGAGAAUGUUCGGACCUUUCACACAUGAAGAGGUAGCCAGGAAAUACGAGUUCUUCCGAACAAGCCCUUUGGGCUCAGUCGUGAAUGCAGACGGCAAAAUGAGGCCAAUUAACAAUCUGUCAUUUCCCAAGCGGAACAGUGAGACGCCUUCGGUGAACUCUUUCGUAAACAAACUAGAUUUUUCGACUACCUGGGAUGACUUCAAAAUUGUUUCAGAAUUUUUCAGAAAUAGCGAGUCACAAUACGAAUUAGCCCUCUUUGAUUGGGCCAAGGCGUAUAGACAAAUUCCCACACUCGAAUCGCAGUGGCCAUUUUUGAUGGUGAAAGAUUUAAACGGGGGACUAUACAUCGAUACUAGGAUUACGUUUGGGGGAGUAGCGGGUUGUGGUUCCUUUGGAAUCCCAGCAGACGCUUGGAAGAAGAUCAUGGAACAUGAGUUCAACGUAGUUAAGGUUUUCCGAUGGGUCGACGACAACUUAUUUGUCAAAAAUUUAAGCUCACUAUGCGACAUGAAAUCAAUCACGGCACGGUCGGUCAGUCUAGGCGUAGCCACUAGCGAGGAGAAAAGCACAAUGUUCGCCAAUGAACAAAAAUUCAUUGGUUUUGUUUGGAACGGCAUAGAGAAAACGGUACGAUUAACGGAUAAGAAACUCGAGGAGCGGAAAAAUCAAAUUGCGGUUUUCCUAGAAGAACGAGCUACGUUCACUUUCAACGAAGCUGAAGUUCUUGCAGGACGUUUAAAUCAUGUAUCACUCCUUUUGCCCCAGCUCCGGUGUUACAUAAGAAGUGUAUACCGCUGGAUGAACCAAUGGAAGAAGAGAUGGGCAAACAGGGAAAUACCUCAAGACGUUCGCGAUGACCUAAAGUUUUGGACGGAUACCUUGAACAACUAUCAACAUACCAGGCUCUGCCCGCUGACGACACCAAUCGAGAUCAAAUGGGUAGGAGACGCAUCAACUAGUUACGGAAUUGGCGUUCUGGUGGGAGAUAAUUGGGCGCAACUAAAACUGAAGCCGGGGUGGGAGCAGGCGGCCCCUCCAAGAAGCAUCGCCUGGCUGGAAACAGUAGCAAUACGAAUCGGGAUACUUAUGCUGCAGGUGAUAAAGCCCGAUUUAAAGGGAAAUAACUUCAUAGUCUAUACAGACAACACGACCACACAAAGCACUUUACGUUCAAGGAAAUCAAAGGACCACCACUCUAACCUAGAGUGGAAGGAGAUCCAACGGUUGCUAAUCGAAAUGGAGCUAGACAUAACCCCUAAAAGGGUCGUCUCGAAGGAAAACACAGCAGACGGGCUGUCUCGGGGCGUUGUUGCACCACACACACCUAGAAACAGGGUAAUCUUUCCGAUCCCUGCGGAUUUGGAAAAAUUUAUGUAUCAUAGUUGA